UGACUUUUGUAAUGUAAUUUUACCACAGAAAAAUUUGGGAUGCGUUAACUGGGGAUGAACUGCAUUCUUUUGCGCAUAAGCACAUUGUUCGAGCCUGUGCUUUUUCCGAGGAUACUAAUUUUCUACUUACUGGUGGAGUGGAGAAAGUUUUGCGCGUAUAUGAUAUGAAUCGCCCUGAUGCAGCUCCUCGAGAAGUGGCUAAGACUCCUGGAUCAGUCAGAGCUGUUACAUGGCUUCACAGUGAUCAAACAAUUUUAAGUUCCUGUACUGACAGUGGAGGUGUUAGACUGUGGGAUGUGAGAACUGGGGAUAUAGUUCGUACGCUUGAGACAAAGUCCCCUGUGACUAGUGCUGAAGUGAGUCAAGAUGGUCGUUACAUUACAACUUGUGACGGAUUCAGUGUCAAGUUUUGGGAUGCAAAUCACUUUGGAUUGGUGAAGAGCUACAACAUGCCAUGCACUGUAGAAUCAGCUUCCUUGGAACCAAAAUAUGGGCUCAAAUUUGUUGCUGGAGGAGAAGACAUGUGGAUUCGUAAGAAAAAAUAG